AUGGAGCCGCAGCCUCUCCAGUUUGCGACCUUUGCGUCGCAGAUUGAGCUGCCCUUUUACUCGGCCCUCAUGACGUCGAAGCUCGAUCACGACAAGCUCGAUGACUCGGCUCGCUUCAUUCUUGGUCUCUACGAGCCACGCGCUGGCGCAGAACCCGAUGCUAGUACGAAGAUGCAGAUUCUAGGAAAUGCACUCACGAGCAGUCAGGUGCCCCUAGGUCAGAGCCGGGCCGAAGGCUUGAUUCGCAAUGUCAAUACGAUUGAAGCGUUCAAGAACGCAGAUAAGAACGCCAUGCUUAACCAAGCUGGUCAGCAAAUCUGGGAUGCAAUCAAGGACGGCACUAUCUACUCCGUUCCCUCUCUUCUGUCAUCAUUCACCGUACUAUCCUUCGCCGACCUUAAGAAGUACCGAUUCACGUACUGGUUUGCGUUUCCAGCUCUUCACUCUACCCCUCAAUGGAAGAGAGUUGGCCCGAUCGCGCACCUGGAUUCCAAAGAGAGCACGGCGUUGGUGGAGCGAAUCGGAACAUGGAGAUAUAUGGUGGACAGCAGAGAGCACGGCUUCUUCCUUGCUAAGAAGGUCAGAGGUGGUGAAACUCGACCGAAAUCACCAAUCGACCCGCCAGACGACAUUGGCUAUAAGUGGGAAAUCGGAAGCUUGCGACAGGCCGAGUCGGGGGGUUUCUUCGAUGGCGUCCCAGAGGAAGAUCGCUUCGUCGCAUUCGUAGACCCGUCAAACUACCCAGAGCAUCCAUCAUGGCCGCUCCGCAACCUACUAGUUCUCAUUCGCCAGCGCUUUCACCUCACAAAGGUACAGAUCCUGUGUUACCGUGAUGUGCAAGCACGGAGGCACGAAGCCCGGAGCAUCAUCAUGACUCUCGCUAUGGACGAGGUGGAUAAUCUUGAAACGACCACGAUGCCGAAGGUGACAGGAUGGGAGCGAAAUGGUACCGGGAAACUCCUUCCACGUCAAGCGAAUCUUGCAGAAUACAUGGACCCCGGACGUCUGGCUGACCAAGCUGUGGACUUGAACCUGAAGCUUAUGAAAUGGCGUAUAUCUCCCAAUCUUAAUCUCGAUAUUAUCAAGAAUACGUCCUGUCUACUUCUCGGAGCUGGAACUCUAGGCAGCUAUGUCUCUCGAAACCUGAUGGGAUGGGGUGUACGCAAGAUCACUUUCGUGGAUAACGGCUCAGUCUCAUUCUCCAAUCCGGUGCGGCAACCUCUCUUCGAAUUCAAAGACUGCCUGAACGGUGGUGCUCCAAAAGCUAUCCGAGCUGCCGAGUCUCUGAAAGCAAUUUACCCUGGAGUCGAUGCAGAGGGCCAUGUACUAUCUGUACCCAUGCUUGGUCAUCCUCUAACGGACGAGGCAAGGACCAAGGCGGACUUCGACAAGCUGCAGGAGCUGAUCGAUAACCACGACGUUAUCUUCCUCUUGAUGGACACCCGAGAGUCAAGAUGGCUGCCUACGCUCAUGGGCAAAGCGGCGGGGAAGAUUGUUGUGAAUGCUGCGCUAGGCUUUGACACAUAUGUCGUGAUGCGACAUGGAGCCACGCCGAAAGACGGAACUGAGCAGACUCUUGGGUGCUACUUCUGCAAUGACGUAGUCGCACCAGCAGACUCAGUCAAGGACCAAACGCUUGAUCAGCAAUGUACCGUAACUCGCCCAGGCGUGGCGGCAAUCGCAUCAGCCCUGCUCGUCGAAUUGCUGGUGAGCAUCCUGCAGCACCCUCUCAAGGAGCAUGCGCCAGCUCCUGUGCCCUCAUCCUCGUCGACGUAUGAGCGAGACCCGCCAGAACACGCUCUUGGCAUCGUUCCGCAUCAAGUCCGUGGCUUUUUGUCCAACUUCCAGAACAUGAUCAUCAAGGGCCAGUCAUAUCCCUGCUGCAGCGCAUGUAGCAUGCCGAUUAUUUGGGCUUACAAGAAUGACGGCUGGCACUUUGUCAAGAAGGCUCUUGAUGACCGGGAGUAUGUGGCAGAGCUCUCCGGGCUGGCAGACGUGCAGCGCAGAGCAGAGGAGAUGGCAGCCGAUGUCGAAUUCAGCGAGGAGGAAGACGAGGGAGAGGAAGAUGGAGAGGGGGUGUUGGUCUAG